CAGCGACGCAGCCUGUCGGAUGGCUAGCCUGGCCGGUCGGCCGCAGGGGAGUACGGGGGGGGAGGGGGACGGUGGGCGAUUGGGCCGUGAGGAGUGGGGAGAAGAGCAUCGCUGCCGUCGAAGCACGAGGGACUCGGUCGAGUGGGGAGAGGGGUGCGGAGUGGGGCUAACAGGAGGACAGCCAGGCGGCUAGCCGGCAUGGAUAGGCGUGAGCGUGGGACAGGGUAGCCGUGGAGCCAGGAGGACUAUACGGACUAUGGGAUGAGAAUCGGAGAGAGCAUCCAGGGUUGGGGGUGCAGUGGGACAGAGGGGGGAUUGAAUGCUAUACGAGUGCCGGAUAGCGAGUCGAAGCGAGGCGUGGUGUGACGAGGCUGGGAUACGACGGUUGCGCUCGCGUUUACGCUCACAGGCGCCCUUGCCUGCGGCUACGUAACGUGUGUGAGAGCCGUGAAGGCGGCAGUCAGUGCCGGAACGUAUGCGUGAGUUUCGCUGGGUUGGUAUACGUGCGUUACGAACUGGGUAGAAGGUGAGGAGGCCAUGCGGCUUGGCUCGUCGGAGGCGAUGAGCCCUCGAGGCGGCGGCCGCUAGGGUGACGAUCCAACAUGCAGACGCACAGAGCCAGCCAGCCAGGACAGAAUGAGAUGACGCCAGGAGGAGUGAGACGAUUAAGCGCAACGAGAGUGACGAAGAGGAAUGGAAUAGAGGGAGUGAGAGACAUCGAGGCUGAAGCGGCGUGUGGAAGGCUGGAGGGUCGACGGGGGACGACGCCGUUGACGACGGCUUCGGGAAGGCUUGGUGGGUUUACGAGGCUCCGAGGGUCUGGGGGUCCUCGUCGGCACGCGCGCCGCGAAGUGCGCUACCCACGCAAGCGUUUCUGUUCGUGCGAGGGAUUGUACGUGUGCUCGGGAAUGACGAGGGCACUCUCGUGCGAGAAAGAAAGAGAGAGGGAGGACUACACUCGUGAACCUCUUCUCUCUCUUCCCUUCUAUCUACCCGGUUGUCACUGCGUUAAGAAUUCUUGCUAUACCACUCAACUCCUUUUCUAUCACUUCUUCUUCUUCUUCUUCUUCUUCUAUUCCUGCUGUCCUCGUGACAUUGUCCUUAUUUUUUGUUCCUAUUUUUAUUCUCUCCCCUGCACGAUUCGCGCGCUCUCCUCCACUUCCACGUUUUCGUUUCUAAUACCCAUACCGACUUCUUUUGUCGUAUACAACUCUCUCUCUAGCUUAUUUUUCCUGAAACCCUCUUACAGACUGGUUGUUGUGCUCAGGAUAUGCGAAAUUCCGGGUACCCACGGACGUGGGAGCCACUCCGGUCGGUCAUUCGAUUAUGUUUACCCGGGUGGUACGCAUAGCAAAGGAAGACUCUGCCGUCGGGUUAGCCGUUACACAGAGGCAGCAGUGACUUCUACAGGAUGUACCACGUCCAUACCAAGAACCAUCCAGGACGCCAAAAUCGUUUGGCUCGUUUAUGACGCUCGUGAGACGCCCUACCCGUGCAACGAAUCGGACUCCAUCACCUAGUCUGAUUUACGAUCGAAAACUUUCUGGACACGUCGUAGGUGGUGAGCUUGGAUCUCUCCCACACCAGGAACGUGCACGGCGGCCACCAGAUAGACACGUAUUGCGGCGUCGAGCCACGCUUGCCUUGCCGACGGAAUGUGCCGUACCCUACCUACCUACCAACCAAGUGUACCUGUGCGAUGCUAUACAAGGUGACUCAAGAGUCAAGACGUACAAGGAGAUACAGACAGCCUAUACUGUAUGUAGGCAGACAGGACGUCAAGACUGGCAUCCGGAAAACGCAGGAGGAUACAACUUUUGGUAUAUGGCGGCUGUUUCUGAAGGAUUCUUAUAUACAUAGAUUAAUAUAUACAUACACAAACACAUAUAGCUACUUUCGCCGUGACUGGCAUUGACCGAUUUCGCGAAGGAGUCCUCGUGACGAAUCGUCAUUGCUUGUCCUAUCACGUAAGGUUAACCUCAAAGAUGAACAAGAAAGGAAAUAAAAAGGAAUCCUCGACCUCGAGGAUUUGUCCUGUUCCACGAUUACAUUCCUACGCCCAGCACUCUAAAUCUCUCUACCCAGAUACUAGGAGAAGGUGUCCGGUAUGACCCGGACUUCGACCGCUCAGCGAAAAGUUCACCUUCAGACGGGUAUUGCGCCACGGGGAAGAUGCAGCGGCGCUUGGCGUCGUUGAUGAUUCUCAAUGUUCGCAUCAACGUUUUACAAUACCAGAAAAGUCUACGAUAAUACGUACCCAAGGUCGUUCAGAGACUAUCCUAUUUAGUAGGGUUCAUCCUGACACUGCGCAAGGUACCGAGGUCGAUUUGGAAUCCGAAGAAAACAAAGACGUCAGUUGAAUGCACGAAAAAAUGUCAAAGUAUACCAAGAAGAUUGAGACUUGACAGCAAAAAAGAAAAAAAUCGACGUUCAAUAAUCAUAAGUUGUUACAGGGUCUAUUAAUUUGCAAAGUCAUUAAAUCUCCAAAAUUUUUCCAA